AUGAAACGCCACCACCUGUCCAUCACCACCCUCGAAGAACACGAGCCCAACCGCGAAUUCAUCGGUCGCAAUUUCAACAACGGCGAGGUCAUCCAACUAGUCCUUCAACGACGCGAUGGGAGUUGGAUGUCCUUUCGCCAGGUCCAGAUGGUGAUGAUGCAUGAACUGGCGCAUAACGUGCAGAUGAACCAUGGGCGGGCGUUUUGGGCUGAGAGGAACAGGUUUGCGGCGGAGAUGAAGGGGUUGUGGGAGCGCGGGUAUACCGGGGAGGGGUUUUGGGGGGCGGGGAGGGUGGUGGACGGUUUGAGAAGGCAUGAAGGGAAUUUGGUCGAUGUGGGUGAGGGGAGGGAGGUGGAGGGGCUUUGUGGUGGGACGUACAGGAGUAGGAGGGGGAGGAAGAGGAAGAGGGAAGGAGAGGUUUUGGCCUGGAAAGAGCAGAAGGAGAGGAGGAUCGAGAAGAAGUUUGGCAAGAAUGGUGUGGCUUUGGGUGAGGAUGAAGAUGCGAGGAUUAAGUUGGAGAUUGGGAGGAGAGGGACGGUAGGAGGGAAGCCAAGAGUUGCUGGAAGUAAGAGAGGUCGGGAGCUCAGAGCUGCAGCUGCAUUGGCGAGGUUCGAGGUUGGGAAAGAGGAGGAGAAGAUGAAGAGUGAAAAAGAAGAAGAAAAAGAAGAUCCAGCUGAGUAUGACUCCGGUACUGAUGAAGAUGGUACGCCGAGCGGAAAAGACGCAGUCGACGCCAACGGCAACCGCCUACUCGACAGCAUGGGCUUCGGCAUGAUCAAAGUCUGCGGUGAUGAAGACGUCGACGAUGUGAAUGUGAAGCAAGAGAUGGAAGACUUUGAUUCGCUGCAAUGCCUGCCAUCAUACACAGAGCAGCAACCGCGUUUUCCGUCGGAACCAUCAGAGACAGCAUUCAGAAGAACCGAGUCUCCCCCAGCAAAAUCAGUACCAACGCCCGCUCUGAAUAGCUUAGACUCAUCGAAAAUUGACCGCCAACGGAAAUUACUGUACAGCAUACCACACCAUCAACCCUCCCCACCGCCAUCACCCCCUCGCUCAACAUCCUCAGCAAUCUUGCCAGAGAAGUCAACCGCCGCUGCCGCAAAACCCGCCCCUUCAUCUUCAUCUUCAUCACUACCACCACCAAUAACAACACACUCAACAACCAACUGCCCCGUCUGCACAACCUCCCACCCCUCCACUAAUCUCACCCUCACAUGCACAACAUGCGCCCACGUCCUCGACAAGCGGAAAGAUCCCCAUGCCUGGAAAUGUGCUAGUACGAGCUGUAAGGGGAGUGAGUAUGUCAAUGCCGGCGAUGCGGGACGAUGUGGCGCUUGCGGUGACCCGAAAGGAUAG